UUUAUCAAUUUUGACCGCAAAAAACUCAAAACUGGGCAAACAUUUUACAUGAUAAAUCUAAUAAAAAUGACUUUGUUAGACUUAUGUUGCAUACAGCUUUUCAAAUUUUGUUUUAUUGUAUUUGUUGAAAACAAUCAACAAACUUGCUACUGUAAUAGGUAAAAAUGAAACAAAUGAUAAAUGGUAACCAAGCUGAGAAGAAUGGCAGUAGCCAAAAACACUAGAGAAAGAAUGAUGGCACUGGAUCAGGUUGUAAAUGGCUCGAAAUGGAGCAGCGGAACGAACGCACUGAGUCGCCGGAAGAUGUGGCUGUCCUUAAGACGUAUUCGCCUCGUCCGGUGGUGUUUGGAACAACGUGAGGCGUAUGUCUCCCAGGAUAAAACAGUGAUCGUGUUUAGAUACUAACACCGUGUAUAUAAACACCGGCGAACAUGAACGAAAAAGGAGAGAAUUUUAUCUGAUCACUCUGUGAAUUUUGUGUGCUCUGAAGUGGAAGAGCCGUGUUGAAGCACUGCUACUCCCUUGGCUAUUUAUUGAAGAAGGGAAUGAAUAUCAUCCACACAAAAUUAGCAAAGCGAUUGAAGAUGAAGAACAAGAAUGGCUCUACUAAUGCAGCUUCCAUGGGAGAUGAUGUGGGAGUAAUUAACAAGAAGAGGAAGAAGGGUUAUUCAAAGAGAGUGUGCUUUAGAGAGCAAAAAGGCAGGCUCUUCAUUAUCAGAAGAUGCAUUGUUAUGCUCCUCUGCUGGCACGAAUAAUUCGCCGUUUCAACCGCACGUUUUACUCCCUGCCAUCGAUCUGUGAUCAAAAUCCAACUUACCUCCUAUCAGUGACCUCCCGUCUCGGGGGCUCAUCCUUUUUGUAUAGCCCAAUUUAUGCCGUCAACGUUGCACAAAGAAUUCACCGUUUCACCUGCAGGUU